AUGUCGUCCGACGAGAGUAGUCGUGUCGGUAGCGCUCCGCAAAGCGAAAUAUCAAAGUGUGGAUACUGUAAAAAUACUGUGUCGAAAAGUGCUUUACAGUGCCGUACUUGUUUGAAAAUAUUCCAUCCUAGUUGUGGAAAUAGAGUAAAGGACAAUUGCUGUGGACAAGACUUAAUCGCCUUUUCCCUGCGGAAUGAAACAGAAAAGGACAAAUAUUUAGCCGCGGAUGUAUCAACCGCGAGUAGUCUAUCUGCUGAAUCUACAAAUGUUGAUUUAUUGUUGAAAAUUAUAAAUCAAUUAGAAGAAAAUGCAAGUUUAUAUAAGUUCAAAAUAUCAAUAUUAGAAAAGACCUUGGAUGAAAAAGAAGAGAUUAUUCGAGAAAUGAAGAUAAAACGCAACAAAAAAAGUGAUAAACAAUAUGUUGAAAAUAUCAUGAACGUCAUUCCAUCGAGCAGUGAAGUUAGGCAAUCUGCAACUGACGAUCAUGGUAGAGAUCAACUGGGAGUUUCAGUUCCGGUACUCGCAACUCAACAUAAACAAUCAAGUUCCCUGAAUAACCUAAGUGUAAAUCAAAACAAACAAAAAUCUCGUGAAAAUUUAAGCGAACAAACCAGCAACAGAACAACUAGUCCAGCUACGCAAAUGUCUUCGGAAUGGAAAACCGUAGGUAAAAGAAGAAAAAAGAAUAUUAAAACGAGAUAUGGGACAGGUAAAACCGAUAAUAAUCAGAAUGGUUUCACAGGUCAAGAAAAGAAGGCUUGGUUCUUUAUAAACAGAGUUAAAUCUCACGUAACCGAGGAGCAAGUCAUAAAUUACAUUAAAUCCAAAAAUAAUUUCAAGGAUACAACUGUGGAAGUUAAGGAGCUAUCUUUGGCCGGGAAACUUGGUGAUCUGAAGAGUUUUUUGAUCAAAGUUCCUUUUAAACAUAAAGAUGAACUUUAUGACACCGAAUUUUGGCCGGAAAAUGUGGGGAUCAGAAGAUUCAAUUUUCGAGCCUAUGAAAAGAAUCGAACCUCAUCUGAUUUUAUAUAACUGACAAUAAGAACAGAAAAAUUGAUAACUCCAAAAAUUGGUACAGCAUUAUCCAUCAUAACGUCCAAUCAUUGGGAAAUGCUCUGAAUUCUUUACAAAGUCUCCUCAUAUACCCUAAAGACUGCCAAGUACUAUGCAUUACUGAGCAUUGGAAGGCGAAAUAUGAACUGAAUAGUUAUAUUGACGACUUUAUAUUGAUGUCUUCUGUUUGUCGUGAAAGUGGAAAACAUGGAGGAUCAGCAAUCUACACAAGAAGAUCAGUGAAGUGCAAAGAAAGAAAGGACUUAAGUGAUUUCUCGGUGAUUGGCCAUUUUGAAUGUGCGGCUGUGGAGUGCUGGAUUAAUAAGACCAAGUUGAUCGUUCUGUCGGUAUAUAGACCCUGCGGCGGCAGUUUGGAUGUUUUCCUUGAGAAGAUGGAAAUGGUGCUAGCUUCAGUUGGUGUGGGGCCGGAAAUUAUUGUGUCGGAUGAUUUCAACAUUGACCUUUUGGAGUCAACAAAUGAAGAGUGACUGAAGUUCUAGAGGAAGUGGAGAAUUUGGAUAUCAAUUAUUCACCAAUUCUUUCCGAUGAAAUUUAUACAAAUUACUUCCCCUGCAACUAAUGGCAAAACUACGGUCUGUGAUUCAGGAGACGAGGAGGCAACAAAUUCAGCUAGAUUGAGCUAAUGACAGCUUAGAGCAAAAGUAGAAUUCAUGAUUUUUAAAGAAAAAAUUUUAUCAUAGACAUAAAAAGAAACCUAGGAAGGCUUUCACGUUUUAUUCUACUUUGGAUGGACCGCCUUUGAUAAUCUGCCACCAAGCAAGAUGCUCGCUUUGUAAAAAAAACAACUGAGGCAUGUGGUUGACAUCAGAGUCCUGGACGCCCAGCUAGUGGUUCUUAUUUCAUCCGUCUUAUUGUCGGAACUGAUGGUCGAUGGAUGGUCUUCAUGGAGGCGCUGGGUCAUGCUGACUUUUUGAGCAGUUACAGUGUAGUGUUUGCGUUCCCAGCACACCGCAUUGGCUACAGAAUAACAAGAGCCUUCCCUUGCACUGUCCCCUCCGCAUCAGAUAGAUGGCGCCUCCCAUGACCCUGACGGUAUGGACGUUCCUGGGUGACGGUGUCGCAGCAUGAGAAACCGAGGCAGUUGGUAGUGGGCAUUCAUCAGCGUCCAUUGCUAUCAGUGAUGUCUCCAGUGGUGCAACUAUGGUUGGUUGAUGAGGGACAUUCCAGAGGACUGUGGAAUCUCUUAGUCCAAAAGCGAUCCAUUCGGAUGAUUUGAUGGUUGCUGUUUGUCAGCAGUCAACAGUGCCUCCAAUGAACUCAAGGCCCGAGUUGUGGUUUCUUUUAGGUGUUCUAUCAUCUUUGACUCGGUCUUAUUUUCAGUGAAAAUAAAAUUUAGUCUUCUC